AGGUGACAGCGCGAUGUGGUUCUUGCUAAGCCUGCUAGCUUAUUAGCCAAGUAAGCUAGCAAAUCGCCUUAGCGUUUGACAAGCACAAUAUUGACUUGGCAGCGACCCAAACGGACAAAUGUCGUUAAAUAACGCAACAAGGGAGCGAAGAUAUAACCGAGAGUGAACAAGUUGGCGUUUAAGCGGGUCAACGUCAAGUGUUUAGCCGACUUAAUUCAUUGCAGAACGCUAAACAGGCGCAUGGCAACGUUGUAAGCGGACGUCACUCGAAUAUUCCACGCAUGUUUCAGUCUAUUUAAGUUACCGCAGUGAUGGCCACUUACAUGCCAGAUGGCGAAGAAGAUGAGCGCCGCCGUGAGCAGUAACGCCAGCAUGUAACAAAAGGCCGCGAACGUGAACGCCAUUUUUUGUCGUCGUCUUCUUCCUCCUCCUCCACUGGGUCAGCUCUUCUGGUGGUGAUGAUGACGGAUUUGAGGUUAGCCCCAGAAAUCUGUCUUCUUCUCCGGCGUAUUCCGUUAGCCAUAUAUAACACUCCCUCGUGCGUCGCCUUACCGCCAUCUUGUGGACUCCACUACACGGACUCCAUUUUGUGACUGUGCUGGAUGAUGUAAUGACAUUUUUGACAAAAAUUGGCUUUGGUGCAUCAGCAAAAAAUUCAGCCAGCGAGAAGCCUAAAACGAGACAGGAAGGAGUCGACGGCGUCUAAAUCAGGUCUGCUUCAGGAGAAGGGCAACAGCGGCAGGGCAACAGUGGCAGGGUGUCCCCCCCACCCCACCCCACCCCACCCCCGCAGGAACAUCUGCGUUGCACAAUCCGGGCUUCCUUUUAGCGGAAGAAGGCCAGUUUCUCUCGGAGCCACUCCUCCGUCAGGUCCUCCGUGUUUCGGAUCUCAAACACCUGCAGGGGCAACAUUUAGCGGUGGCGGGUUAAUAACACGAUUUUAAAAAUACGACGAUUAAAUGCGAUUAUUUCUGAGUGUGAUUGACUGUGGCGAUCAAAUAUCGAAUAUACAUAUCUCAUUAGGUUUUGGUUGCUAGCAAUGUAAAAAUUAAAAUAUAUAAUCUAAAUAAUAUAGAUAAAAAUGUAUUUACAUCUGCGAUUAAAUGCGAUUAUUUCUAAGUGUGACUGACUGUGGCAAAAAUGUAAUUAAUCGUGAUCAAAUAUGGUAAUCGAUUUUACAUAUCAUUAGGUUUUGGUUGCUAGCAGUGUAAAAAUUAAUAUAUUUAUAAUUAACAAUAAUAGAUAAAAAUUUAUUUCCAUCUGCGAUUAAAUGCGAUUAUUUCUGAGUGUGACUGAUUGUGGCAAAAAUUAAUUUAAUUUGAUUAAUCGCGAUCAAAUAUUGUAAUCGAUUUUACACAUCUCAUUAGGUUAAUGUUUAGUUGACAACCUUCAUUUUUUAAGCUCCAUUAUUGAUUAAUUAUUGGUGACUGGCCCACAUCUUGGUGAAUUUUGGGUUAUUAUAGAUAAAAACGUAUUUCUAUCUGCGAUUAAAUGCGAUUAUUUCUGAGUGUGAUUGACUGUGGCAAAAGUGAUCAAUCGUGAUCAAAUAUUGUAAUCGAUUUUACAUAUCUCAUUAGGUUUUGGUUGCUAGCAGUGUAAAAAUGAAAAUAUAUCAUCUGUAUUAAGAUGUUGAAUGUUUAGUUGACGACCCACCAAAGAUGGGGAACACAAACCUUUGUCAUUUCGGCCGUUUGCACCAAUUUGUUCUUACUUCCUGCAUACAUCAUCUGCUGCUCAGGCCUGCAACCUGUACAGACACCACAUGAGGCAUAACUGUACUGGAUUUGACUCCAUUCUACUGUACGCUACGGUACCGACCUACUGGGCUGGAGAAGAUGAAGCAUAGCGGAAAUCAAAAAAAGAAAGGAAUGCUUGUAGUCGUUUUGGCCAAAGGAUAUCUGGGCUGUCUCUCCGGGAGUUCGUCCUUCAGGAGUAUCGCUCUCGCCCCUUACCUCGUGCUCUUCGUCAAGAACCACAAGAUGACAACAAAGGAAAACAUGAGUGAUCAUGUUCCACAUAAGGAUUGCGAUGCCAUCUACUGUAUGGAGUUAGAACAACAAGCUACAUUCACUGACACACAGACUCCUCCCAGCCGAGAUCUGCCAGAUGAAGGAGAAGAUGGGGAAGCUGUGCACAGCAAGAAAACGGACCUGCAGAACAUUACGGCUUGGCUCUUCCUGUGGAAAUAGUCCAACAUUUUACAGCUUGAGACUGAAAAAAAAAAAGUUAAUUCUGGACGACCGCUGUCCCUUUUUUGGUCCAGAGGAGGACUUCUUUACCGGAGCGACAGAAACAGAAACAAGAAGCGCCGUCAGCACGAGAUCCGCACCGGAAGCGCUUGCAGUUCCGCACAUGCGCAAGUCGACAUCUCUGCCUCAGUUCGCAAAAUUUUGCGACGGCCCACUUGUCCACGUAGAGAGAAGACUAUUGCUAUUUUGUUUUGACCUGUCAUGCGAUGACAUUUGUCUGCUUGUAUCCAAACAUUCCACUUUCACCUUCACUACUUCAACCUCGGAGAUAGCGUGGUGUUCGGGGACGUUUUGACAUUCGGACUUGGUUUAAAGACGGCAGGUGAGGUAUUGAAGAGCUGGAUGGUGUGGAAUGAAGGAAGUCCUGUAGCGUUCACUGCCGAGUCCAAAAUGUCUUGGUUUGCCGAGUUUGCUGGCAAAGCCGAAGACUUCCUGAAUAAAGUGGACCAGGGAGCUGCCACUGCCUUGAGCAAAAAUCAGGAUAAAACACCCCCCCUCACUUCAUUCUACGAAGGAGACGCAUCAGGCCAUCCUGAAUACAAACCAGAGGCUUUUAAUAUGAGCAGCGGCGCUUCUCACCAGGCGUCAAGCUACAUCUCUGCAGCAGCAGGCAACAUUAAGAAGUCCGCUUCUGCUCCGAUGGCUGCUUCGGUCAGCAUGUCCAGCGCCCCCUCUGGUAAGCAGGCAUCAAGCGGCACGUCCAAGGGCUCCUCCUCCGGCUUUGUCAAGCGCAAAAAGAGCGAGCGUGAUGUGGACGACGAUAUGCUCUUUGACUUCUUGAACAGCUCCGAGCCGCCGGUCCCCGCCAGGCGCGACUCGAACUGGGAGUCCGUCAAAGCGCCAGCGCCGAGCCAGCUCGCCGAAGCUAAAAACCAAACUCCUCCUCCCACCACCAUCCCCUCGCUCCCAUCCACGCCCCCCUCCACACGAGGAGUGUCUCGGGCCUCCAGCCUCAGCUCGCUGUCGUCUCACAGCAUGAAAGCAUCUGAGGAGAGCUCUGCUAAACAGCAAAGUCAAGUCAGCCCGGACUCAUCUGAGGCCUGCACCUCGGCCGUGGCUGCCCCUCAGGAGUCAAGUCGGCAGGAGUCCGGUCCGCCAGAGGAGCCUCAUGGCCCGGUUCUGUCCAGCCUGCGUCUGGAGAACCAACUCCUGCGCAGUGAGGUGGCCUCACUCAACCAGGAAAUGGCCUCGGUCAUCCAGAGAUCAAAAGACUUUCAAGAAGAACUCAACCACGCCCGUCUGCGUGCCGACAAGUGGAACGCCGAGCAGGCUCAGGGCGACCGUGCGCUGCGAGGACUUCGCUCGCAAGUGGACGACCUGAACGAAGCGCUCGCCGCCAAAGACGGUCAACUCGCUGUCCUCAAAGUCCGACUGGACGAGGCCGACCAGCUGCUGAGGAGCCGCAGCGCCGCUCUGGAGGAAGCGCAGAAGGAAAAGUCCAGGAUUUUGGAGGACCACACCGAAGGGAGCAGCAUGCAGUCUCUAGCGCUCCAGAGCCUGCAGGAGAGGCUGCGUGAGGCUGAGCAGGCCCACAGGAGGGAAGAGGACGGCUUUCGGCAGAUGCAGAGCGACUUUUCCAGCCGCCUGUCCCGCCUGGAGUCCGAGAGGCAAACGCUGGCAGAGGCGGUGACGGCAGCAGAGAAGAGAUUGGCAGAGGAGAAGCUGCGCGCAGACAGCCUUCAUCAGCAACUGAGGAGCGCCAAAGCGGCAGCGGACACCGCCAAGCAGGACCUCCACGAUUACAAGCACAAAGCCUCACGCAUCUUGCAAUCUAAAGAGAAGCUCAUCAGCAGCCUGAAGGAGGGCUCGGGCCUGGACGCUCUGGACGGCAGCGGGGCGGCAGCUCUGGAAGUGGAGGAGCUGCGUCACGAGAAGGAGCUGCAAAGGGAGGAGAUCCACAAACUCCAGGGUCAAGUGCACUCGCUGCGCGCAGACUUACAGGAUCUGGAAAGUCAGUCGCUGGCCGAGGCAGAAACGUGGCGAGAGCAGGCGCUGCAGUUGGAGGAGCAGCAGACUUCGCUCAGCAGCAUCAAGCAGGAGCUGGAAGCGGAAGUGGAGCGCCUCAAACAGGAGCUGCAGUAUGUGGAGGAAGAGCAGCAUCGCGUUAAAAGUACCCUGCAGAGCCGGGUUCAAGACAGAGAAGAUGAAAUACAGAAACUCAGGAACCAGUUGACCAACAAGACCUUGAGCAGCAGUAGCCAAACGGAGCUGGAGAAGCGUCUGCACCAGCUGACCGAGACCUUGAUCCAGAAACAGACCAUGCUGGAAGCUCUGGGCACCGAGAAAAGCUCACUGGUCUUCCAACUGGAGCGUCUGGAGCAGCAGAUGAAGAACAGCCAAGGGGGUCCGACCGGGGGAGGAGCAGCCAUCAACAUGAGUGCCGUGGAGGGAGCAGGAACAAGACCAAGAAACAUUCCGGUCCUUUUCAGCAACCAAGAGAGUCGGGGAAUGUACGGCAAAGUGCAGAAGGCAGCCAGUACCAUUGACCGUUUCAGCAUCAGACUGGGGAUCUUCUUGAGGCGCUACCCCAUGGCCCGAGUGUUUGUCAUCUUGUACAUGAACGUUUGUGUUUGUUUGUUUGUUUACACAGGCCGUGCUGCACGUGUGGGUGAUGAUUGUGCUUCUCACCUACUCGCCAGAAAUGCAUCACGCACACCCCGACGGAAGCUAGCUGCAAAUGUUUUGCACAUAUAUCAGCGUAAGACACUAUUUUUCUCCCCAAAAUACCAAGAAAAUACAACCGACAGAGACAUGAAAGGACGAUUAUGUCAUGACCCGGGUGUUACAAUAAACAACUAGUCUGCUUCAUCUUCAGAGAUUGUAUUUAACUAUGUAAAGCUGUUAUUUUAAUAAAUGACUUGGAAAAAAAAACAUA